AUGUGUUUAAUAAAGCGCGAACUUAAGAAUUGUGUGGGUUAUCUUGAGAAACACAACGAUGUAAUUUUCCUCGGAACAAAAACGAAUCCUACUGUUAAUUUGGUUUAUUUUGGAGGUGAUCUGCAGGAUUACGAAUAUAAUAUGAGUCAAAAUAAUUUCAAUAAUCAAUAUAUUAAAUGGAAUUUGGAAAAUACUGCCCAAAAUUUGUAUGUACGAUUUACCAAUCAGUUUCGUGACUGCAAUCCCCAUGUGUGGAUUAUUCGUGCUUCACAUUGGAUAUCUAAUUCAAUAGCUUGUUAUGUUAAUUUCAUGCCUUUUGCGAAAUCUGGUGUGCCAUUAUUUGAAAACGACGAGAUCUGUAAAAUGACAGGGUUGAUGCAUUUAAGUUGUUUACUGUCAAAUGCAGUUGAACAAUUAUUAAAUUGUGAAGCUAAUAUACAAUGUCAAAUAUCUACUAUCCCUAUACGACUGAUUGGUUUUAGCAAAGGAUGUUGUGUUUUGACAGAGAUACUAUAUGAAUUAUCAGUAUUGUCUCACUCCAAAAAAUCACUUACUGAUUCUGUGAAAGAUGUUCCUGCACAAGUUCUUGAACUUCCUCAAUUUAUAACAGACCUUUAUUGUCUUGAUUCUGGACAUUCAGGUACGCAUCAUCAAUGGCCAGUUUCGCUUAACUACUUAGCUUUGCUAAACCCCGUUUCAUGUCCCAGAAUACAUGUCCAUGCAUCUCCCUAUCAGAUAAUGAACCAACUAAAACCACAAAAUUCUACCGAUUUUUAUAAAUUUCUGGAUAUUUUAUCUCACUUAAAUUUGCCUUUUAAAAAGCAAUUGCAUUUUAUGCCUGAUGAUGAAAAAUCAGAAUCACCGUUUACCAAUUCGAGAUUGAAAAAUGAUAUUCGAGGUUAUCCUACCAUCAAAUUUUUCCCUGCUGGACCAAAAACAGAUGACCCUAUUGAUUACGAUGGUGCUCGAAGUUCAGAUGCAAUCGUUGCAUGGGCUAUGGAAAAAGCCGAUGCUUCUGCUCCAGCACCAGAGAUUGUUGAAUUGACUUCAGCAAGUAUUUUAAAAGAAGCUUGUGAAGAUCAUCCACUUUGCAUCAUCAGUGUUUUUCCUAUGUUAUUUGAUUGUCAGUCAGAUUGUCGUAAAAAGUACUUGAAUUUACUAAAGACAGAAGCUGAUAAAUUUAAAAAACAGAAAUGGGGGUGA